AUGUUGGCUUUUGCUCUGUUGUUUACGGUUGGAUCAAUUUCUGGAGGAAUCUCCACGAGUUUCGCUGUCGACAAUUCCAACAUCGAGGUGCUGGUUGAUAGUCCGUUUUGCGGCCGUAUCAACAAUACAAAGGUCUUCUCAGGGGGGCAGCAGGGUGUUAGCGUACUUGCUACACAUGGCGACUCAAUCCAGUCCUACGCAACCAACUGCUACCAGAACAUCUCCUCGCUCCCUGCAGUAUGUCGAAACACUUUCCAUCGGGCCAACAUUUCGUUUGGUGUGGAGCCUGUCUCAUGCCCUUGGAACGAAACGAUGUGCAGUGGCGACGGUUCAUCUGCGAUCGCCAUGGACUCAGGUGUCCUGGACAUGAGAACACAUUUUGGGCUCAACGUCGCGGAGAAGGACACCGUCAAGUUUCGUCGAAGAACGACCUGCAAUGUCCUGCCUCGAGAAGGUCAUAUCUUCAAAAGAUCUGCGGAGUAUCUGAAUCGUGGAAACCCUGCUGAGCGAUGGACACUUGAAUAUGGUUCGUGGAAAGGUGUACCUGCGUAUCAGCAUCCUGAGGUCACCUUCAAUCUAGAGUCUAUACUAGUCGAACAUCAGAUGUCCUACUAUACCACUGCCAUGAUGUCCUACAUUCAUAGCGACUCGGUCAGUGGUUUUAUCAUACCCCUGCUUGAGAUGAAUCGUACCGACGUAGACGUUGCCCUCAUCGCAGUGUUUGCCAACGCCGUUGUAUACGAGCAACCCGUUGAUGACCCACUCUUCGCAGCGCAUCGUGUUGAAAUGCGAGAACAGUCAAACGGAAAAGACAAAGCGCGCUACUGGUCCGAUCACUACGCUGGGGUAUCCCGCCCCGACACCUCCAAUACCGUCUAUCCCGACGCCACACCCAUUCAAAUCUCCAUCCUUCGACUCCUCCAAUCCAUCACCCGUGUAACGGACAUGAACCGAGGCCCGCAACUCGGCAGCCUCCGCGCUAGCAAAACCGUCAUGGUCGGCAUCUCCCCCGGCUUGCCAGACAACCAAUGGAUCCGCGAAAUCACUGCCUGGGAAGCCUUCGUCUGGACAGGCUACCAAACGCUCCUCAGCGCGUCUGUCAUCGGACCCAAAGUUUUCGACGCGGAAGGCGACACUUACCGCGAUGAGCCGACGAGUGCGGGGGAUAAGACGCUCUGUCAGAGUCUGAAGAUGCGAAAGGCGGGUGGCUUUGCCAACGUCAACGUCUUCGCUCUUAUUUUCUUGACCACUAUCGCUGCGACUGUCACGUUCCUAAACAUCUUCGUUCUACGAUUCUGUAUUUUUAUCUCGAGGUUCAGAGAGGCUCUUGCACCUCGUAUCGAACGCUGGGUCCAAGAUGGGGUUUUCCAGUUGCAGAGAAGGGCAUUUGAUGCGCAGGAUGAGGGGUGCUGGGUUGAUCUUGAGAAGGAGAUCCCGAUUACGAGAGACAGGGAGAGGUUGAAUGAGCUAACUGUUACGGAGCGUGUGGUUAGGGAAAAGAAAAGCUUGGGGAGCUUUGUGACGGAGGAUACAAUCGGUGAUAAAGGGAAAAGUAAGGACGUCAAGAAGGGGAUCUCCCAUGAAGGGGAAGAGGUUGAGUGGAAGAGGUUUAGGGUUAGUGUUGGUAGGGUGGAUACGAGUGCUACACUUGUUGAUGAGCAUGAAAGGUAUGGGAGAGGGAAGGAGGAGUUGGGUAAUAAGUCGUAG